AAACCUUCAAAACUCUGCCGAGACUAUGCCGUUUUAGAUGUAGGCUGGGUACUCUCUCCAGUAAGUGAUAGCGUCGUUCUCUCACAGCCACACUCUGUCGAACAGGUGAUGUGCUUUUCUCAGAUACAGUCACUCCCGCCUCAACGCGUGCUCUCUCAGAUACAGGCACUCACGCCUCAACCCGUACUCUCUCAAAUAGUCACUCACGCCCUUCCUGCCUGCCUCUGUGGAACUCAGCCUACCCGUGCUCUCUCAGAUAGGGAAUUAAUACAUCUUUCAGUAUAACAUAAAAGUUGUUGCAUUGCUUUAUGCUUGCAUAAAAUGGAGGAUCAAUCAUUUUUGGAUAGAAUGAUCAACCAUCUACGUGCCUCAUGCAAGUAUUAUACCGGGUAUCCUAAAGAUUUGGGCCAUUCACGGGUUGUUCAUUUUACAUCAGAGCGUGAAUUUGUCCAGCUGCUUCAUGAAGGACGCCCUGUUGUUGUUGCUUUUACCAUCAGGGGUAAUUACACAAAACAUCUUGACCGGGUACUUGAGGAAUCUGCUGCUGAGUUUUAUCCACAUGUAAAAUUUGUGCGUGUUGAAUGUCCAAAAUAUCCUGGAUUUUGUAUAACACGGCAGAAGAAGGAAUAUCCAUUCAUCGAAAUAUUUCACAGUCCAGCACAAGCAGCCAUUCAGGGAAGGGUUGUUGAUCCAGGCAUCACAAGAUACUCUGUAAAAGUUCUACCUUUCAACUAUGACCUCAGUGCUUAUGGAUUUCGAGAAUUUUUCAAGCGCCACAAUAUACAAUCAUCAGAUGCAAAAUAAUGACAUUGUGGUGAAAAAAUUUGGUAUACGUGUCUAUGGCCUAAGAACCAUAGCUUUAUGUCUUUAUGUGCCUAUGGCAGAAUUUGUACUGCUGCUUGUGUUUUUUUUCUUGUGUCUUGUUUCAACCAGAAUUAUUAUUAUUAUUAUUAUUAUUAUUAUUAUUAUUA